AGGUGUUGCCAUUGCUUAACGUGCAGCUUCCACUUCUUCAGUCUUAUGUGAUUUGUGAACCCAAACACAGCUCUAUUUCUAUUUUUCUGUUUUCUUUUUGUGACCUGACAAGUGGUGACAAAACGUGAUCGAUUGUGGUUAAGGUAUUUUUUUCUUUUUAACAAAAAUAUUGCUAAGAAAAUGGAAUCGAAGGCUGAUUAAAAUUGGUUAGCCACCAAUCUUUAAAAAAUGCUUCAGUUUUUCUGCAUUUUUAACCUCUCCCUUGACGUUUUGACUUAAUAAUUACAGUGUGCGACAUGGCAAAAAGUAUCAGAAGCAAAUGGAAGAGAAAAUGCAGGGCCAUAAAACGAGAACGGUACGGUAAAAAAGAGCUAGAAAGGCUGAAGAAGACCCUGGGCAUUAAAGACGAAUCUGGUAUUAGUAAAGACAUAGCAAUGAAGGAUUGUGAACAGAUAAUAACAUUUACCACUGCUGAGGAGAUCAAUAAGAAACAGGAGGAACCUAAAGAUAUAAUGGAUGUCAGUGAAUUGGAUGAUUUAAAGAAGAAGUUUAACCCCAAAACACUAAGAAAUGAAAGUGGAGCUUACCCUGUGUGGGUGCAUCCCAGGAAAAUCAAGAAGGGCAAAGAUGCCUAAAAACGAUGUAAAAAAAUCUGCUGGGCCUUCAUAUACAUCUGAAGAUAUUAGAAGAGCUGUCGAGGAUGUUGCAAACAAAAAUAAAACCUAUAGAGCAGCUCAAGAGCUCUAUGGUGUUCCCAUAUCUGUUAUCUGUCAAAGACUUACUGGAAAAAGAAGAACCCCAAUUGGUUCCGUAGCAAGAGCUCGAAAACCUGCCCUAUCAGCAGAAGUUGAGAAUACUAUAGAGAGAUGUAUCCUUACUCGAGCGCAAUACGGUUAUCCCUGCGAUAAAAAUGAGCUGCAGGACCUAGUCAAAACUUAUGUCGAGAGCAAAGAAUUACAAACUUCUUUUAAAAACAAUAGACCCGGAGACGAUUGGUAUUAUGAUUUUCUGAAAAGGCAUCCCACCCUUUCAGUUAAAAAGCCUGAACUGUUACAAAAAUUACGUAAAGACGCACGAAAACCCGAAGUUGUUUAUUAUAAUUUUUACAAAAUUCUGAGACAAACAUUAAUUAGCAAAGAUCUGAUUAGCCCGGAUAAGGCCUGUUUUAUUUAUAACGCAGAUGAAAGUGGUUUUCCUAGUGACCCUAGUUGCCUUCGUCCAAUAGGCCAAAAAGGUAGGUCACUUUGUAGAGUAUCAGGAGGUAGUGGUAGGGAAAAUACCACGAUGGUCGCUUGCAUUGGAGCCGAUGGAUCUGUUUUACCUCCGCUUGUCGUAUUCAAGGGAGCCGCAGUUCAGACAAGAUGGGUUUCAGAAAAAGGAUACCCUGGUACCCGUUAUACCACCUCAAGUAAUGGAUGGAUGGAGGAGCCGCAAUUCUUCCAUUGGUUCACCAGUACUUUUAUACCUCAUAUCCAAAAAGUACAGGAGAAACUAUCGCUGAGUCAGUAUGCUUUACUUAUUUUUGAUGCCCAUGCCAGCCAUAUGAGUGUGAGGAUCUUAGAAGAAGCCAUUAACAACAAUUAUUUUGAUCAAACUAUCAAGCCAUUUGACAGAUAGAUUACAGCCUUUAGAUAAGUGUGUAUAUGGAUCUGUGAAGACAUGUUGGGAAAAAGAACUUAUUUCUCUAGGCAAAAAGAAAAUGGGUUCUGGCUCUGGCUGGUUAACUAAGCUAGAAUUUUCCGAGGUUCUU